CAAAAAACAGGAAGUGCCUACGGAGGCCGGGCUGGCAGCGGCGUCCGGGCAUGAAGCCGGGCUGCUACAGGAUCGCGGGCGGCGGCGGCGGCGAUGAGCGACAUAGUGGAGAAGACGCUGACCGCGCUGCCGGGACUAUUCCUGCAGAACCAGCCCGGUGGUGGGCCCUCGGCCGCCAAGGCGUCCUUCUCCUCGCGGCUGGGCAGCCUCGUCCGCGGUAUCACCGCCCUCACCUCCAAGCACGAAGAAGAAAAAUUAAUCCAGCAGGAAUUGAGUAGUCUGAAAGCAACUGUUUCUGCUCCUACUACAACACUGAAAAUGAUGAAGGAAUGUAUGGUGAGACUUAUAUAUUGCGAAAUGCUUGGAUAUGAUGCUUCCUUUGGCUAUAUUCAUGCAAUCAAGUUAGCCCAACAAGGAAGCCUCUUAGAAAAAAGAGUAGGUUAUUUGGCUGUUUCCUUAUUUCUACAUGAAAGUCAUGAAUUAUUGCUUCUCCUCGUGAAUACAGUUGUAAAGGACCUGCAGAGCACUAACCUAGUAGAAGUGUGUAUGGCACUUACAGUUGUUAGCCAGAUUUUCCCCCGAGAAAUGAUUCCAGCUGUUCUUCCGUUAAUAGAAGAUAAACUUCAACAUUCUAAGGAGAUUAUACGAAGAAAAGCUGUUCUGGCAUUAUACAAAUUCCAUCUCAUUGCUCCUAAUCAAGUACAACAUAUUCAUAUUAAGUUUCGGAAAGCACUUUGUGACAGAGAUGUUGGAGUCAUGGCUGCUUCCUUGCAUAUAUACCUUAGAAUGAUUAAGGAGAAUUCGUCUGGAUAUAAAGACUUGACUGGGAGUUUUGUAACCAUUUUGAAGCAAGUAGUUGGAGGAAAGCUCCCAGUAGAUUUCAAUUACCACAGUGUGCCAGCACCAUGGUUACAAAUUCAGCUCUUGAGAAUACUAGGACUUCUAGGAAAAGAUGAUCAAAGGACAAGUGAAUUAAUGUAUGAUGUUCUUGAUGAAUCCCUACGAAGAGCCGAGUUAAAUCACAAUGUCACAUAUGGUAAUAUAUGCACAUGGGUCAAAAUUCAAAAGGUACAAAAGGGUACUCUGGAACUUCUUUACAGAAUUACUAAUGCGCAGAAUGUAACAGUUAUUGUCCAGAAAAUGCUUGAAUAUUUACAUCAGAGCAAAGAAGAGUAUGUCAUCGUCAAUUUGGUUGGCAAAAUAGCUGAGCUGGCUGAGAAAUAUGCUCCUGAUAAUGCAUGGUUUAUUCAGACAAUGAAUGCUGUGUUUUCAGUAGGAGGAGAUGUAAUGCAUCCUGAUAUUCCUAAUAACUUUCUGAGACUACUAGCAGAAGGUUUUGAUGAUGAAACAGAAGAUCAGCAGUUAAGACUCUAUGCAGUUCAGUCUUAUCUCACUUUACUGGAUGUGGAAAAUGUGUUCUAUCCACAGAGAUUUCUUCAAGUUAUGAGUUGGGUAUUAGGGGAAUAUUCCUACCUCUUAGAUAAGGAAACACCAGAGGAAGUUAUAGCUAAACUCUACAAGUUACUUAUAAAUGACUCUGUGUCUUCAGAAACAAAAGCCUGGUUAAUUGCUGCUGUGACCAAACUGACACCUCAGGCACACUCUUCUAAUACAAUUGAUAGAUUAAUCCAGGAAUUUACCAUAUCUUUGGAUACUUGUGUGAGACAACAUGCAUUUGAAUUAAAACAUUUGCAUGAGAAUGUGGAACUUAUGAGGAGCUUGCUUCCAGUUGACAGGAGUUGUGAAGACUUGGUGGUAGAUGCUUCUUUAUCUUUUCUGGAUGGUUUUGUGGCUGAAGGACUCAGUCAGGGUGCAGCGCCUUACAAACCUCACCACCAACGCCAGGAGGAAAACCUUUCUCAGGAAAAAGUUCUCAAUUUUGAACCAUAUGGACUCUCCUUUUCUUCAUCUGGCUUCACUGGACGACAGUCUCCUGCUGGCAUUUCUCUUGGUUCAGAUGUAUCUGGGAAUAGUGCUGAGACGGGACUGAAAGAGACAAAUGGUUUGAAGCUGGAAGGUAUAAAGAAAUUGUGGGGGAGAGAAGGUUAUCUUCCCAAGAAGGAAAGCAAAACUGGUGAUGAAAGUGGAGCUCCACCUAUUCCUCAAGAGAGUAUAAUGGAGAAUGUAGAUCAAGCUAUAACAAAAAAGGAUCAAUCUCAAGCUCUUACCCAAUCAAAAGAGGAGAAAGAAAAGCAGCUGCUGGCCUCAUCAUUAUUUGUUGGGCUAGGAUCAGAAAGUACAGUCAACCUGCUGGGAAAAGCAGAUACUGUCUCUCACAAGUUCAGAAGGAAAUCAAAAGUCAAGGACACCAAAAGUGGUGAAACAACCACUACUCAUAAUAUGACCUGUUCUUCCUUCGGUUCUUUGUCAAAUGCGGCAUAUGAAGACAAUUAUUAUUUAAAUACUUUGCAUGAUAGAGGAGACAAAGAGUUAAAGAAAUUUUCUCUCAAUUCGGAACUUUUGGAUUCUGAGUCACUCACAGAACUGCCCUUGGUUGAGAAAUUCUCACACUGCAGUCUGUCUACACCUUCGUUGUUUGCUGAUAACAACAUGGAAAUUUUUCACCCUCCUCAAUCGUCUACAGCCUCAGUUGCCAAUGAAAGCUCUUUGGCUUCAUCUUUUUUGGAAGAAACUACUGAAUACAUACACUCAGAUGUUAUGAAAGUCUGUAAUAAUGAAACCAUAUCAGUGUCUUCUAACAAAGUUUGGAAAGACGAUUGUUUAUUGAUGGUCUGGUCAGUCACUAAUAAGAGUGGUUUGGAAUUGAAAAAUGCUAACUUAGAAAUUUUUCCUGCAGAAAAUUUCAAGGUCACUGAGCAACCUGGAUGCUGUGUGCCUGUAAUGGAAGCAGAAAGCACCAAAAGCUUUCAAUUUAGUGUGCAGAUAGAAAAACCUUUUACAAAAGGAAAUCUUUCUGGUUUUAUUAGUUAUCAUGUGAUGGAUACUCAUUCUGCUCAGCUGGAAUUUUCUGUAGACUUAUCACUAUUAGACUUCAUUAGACCAUUAAAAAUCUCAAGUGAAGACUUCGGCAAACUGUGGUUAUCCUUCGCAAAUGAUGUGAAACAAAAUGUAAAAAUGUCAGAAUCUCAAGCUGCACUGCCUUCUGUACUAAAGACUCUGCAACAGAAAUUAAGACUCCAUAUUGUUGACAUUAUAGGCAAUGAAGGGCUAUUGGCCUGUCAGCUGCUGCCAUCCAUCCCCUGCUUACUGCAUUGCCGAAUUCAUGCAGAUGUAUUAGCUCUGUGGUUCAGAUCCUCCUGCUCUACUCUUCCUGACUAUUUGUUGUAUCAGUGUCAAAAGGUGAUGGAGGGAUCCUAGCAGAAGCUCUGCUAAAUUUUACUUCAUCAAGAUCAAUGGUUUACAUAGAUAAACUUAUUUACCAAAGUAAAAAGAACUCAUGGUACUUCUAAUGAAAGUGGGGAUUAUUACAAGGGUGGUUUAUAUGUUUUCUUUAUGAUUCCUGGUCAAGAAAGAUCCCCCAAAACUGCAUCCUUAACCUUUAACUCAGGAUUGUACAGUAUGUUUGGGUCCCCCAAAAAGUGACCUAAGCUAAUAUUAUAAACUGCUAAUGAUUUAUAUACCACUUAGUGUUUAGAGGGACUGAAAAUAUUUAUUUUGUUAUAAAUAAUUUUAUAGCAAGUUUACUCUAGUGCUAGCUAAUUUGUAAUAAAGCCAAGUCUCAGUUUUCUGCAUUACUUGAAGGGAGACAUGAAAUUGAUCAUCUCAAACCUAAUUCGUAUUUGGCUUUGGAAUGCAGUGUAUGUUUUUUGGUAGGCAAGUCAAUACUUUUGAUUAUGUUUUGCUUAGAUCAGUGUUGAACUAAGUUGGCAUAGCAUACACUAGCAGUUGUAGAAGAUCCAUGAGCAUGCUGGAUAUUGAGGGAAUCCAAUCUGUGGUAUAUUUUUUUUAUUAUAGAUAACUGUUACACGUAAUUCCAGAUAAUUUGGUUAUGAAAUUUGUGUGUUUUAUGCUUGGAUUUAUUUUGAAAUUCAAAGCAAAUCACUCUAUUCUUAAUUUUGAAACUCAGAGCCAUUUUCAAAAUAUCAUAUGAAAAGAAAACCCAUAAGUGCAUGCAGUAACAAAGCAAACAGAUACAAAAAGGACUUUUUAGUUAUAACAAAUAUUUUAGUCAGUUACCGCUUAGGUCCUUUUGGCAAAUUAAAAUUUGUGAUUAGAGUAUAAAUGGCAAAACCAUUUUUUCCUGGCCUUUGAAUCCACUAGUACUCAAUGGAUAUAGCUGAAGCAGAGACUAUCUAAGUAUAGCAUACAGGUUCUUCAAUAAAACAUAUCAUUUUCAUGUUAUAGUUAUGACUGUGUGGCGUCUGUCAAAACCGUUAUCAGUAAAAGAAGCCUUUAUAUGAAUGAUGGACCAAAAUCUUGAGGUUGUACAUUAACUGAAAUAUUAUUUUAUAAAAUCUUAUGGUGCUGUGGAAAAUAUUUAUUAUUUCACUUUUUCUGACACUUCACCAUAGAGACUGUUCAGGUAAGUCAUUACAGUUAAUAAUCUGGUUAAUUGGUACUUUUAGUCACCCAGGUCAGGAAUUCUGAUUUUAGAUUAUUUCGUUAAUCAUAGCUGAUAAAGAAGCUAGGGAGAUUUCUCAGAGUUAGUAGAGUUCAUUAGUCAUUUGUGUCAAGGGUAUCCCUCCCUAAAAACAAAACCAGUAUUUUCUUUCUCAGUUUUUAAGUUAUUCAUUAAAAAAUAUAUAACAUCUUGUUAAUUUUAUUCUUUUAAAAACAUACAUUGAAAUCUUGCUACAGGAGUAGUAAGUGACUGGAAUUUCCUGCAUAAUUGGUUCCUUCUUUUAAAUAGAUGAGAUUCAUCCCCAGGCUCUCAGCGGUGUCAUAAUAAACGGAGUAUGCUGACUCCAGGGGUGCAGUGGACACUGGUAGCUAGCCUAAUCAGCUCCCUCCUUGUUCCUACCUCUGUCAGCAGCAUCCCUCGCCCCUUACCUGAUUCUGCUAUGACUCUUACAGAGAGGAAGUGCCUUCUCACUUUGCAAAGGAAUUCAGCAUGUCACAAAGGAGGUGCUCCAAUUUUUUGUUUCCUUAAUUCCCUGUGUUUGCCUAGUUACUGAGGCUAGGUCAAUUGUGUAAGAUGCUGAGAGCACAUGGACUGCCACCAGAAAGAUCUGCUGCUUUGUUACAGGAUGUAUUUGUGAGUGGUAGCUGCAGUUGUCAUGAGAGACAUGCUUGGCAUACAGAGCUGUCUAAUGGGUGGGAAACAUGUAAUGGUAGAUUUAGGGCUGGGAACAUGAUUUUGGGUCUGUCCAAAGGAAUGUGGUAUCACUUUUGUUCUUUCUGAACCCACUAAAUAAAAAGUAGGGUAACAGGGUUUCUACUGAAAUGUUUAGUAGAAUGUUCACAGUUUUUAUAUUUUUAUGAUUUUAAAAACAAUAAUAGAAGAAUAGAUUUUAAGAAACUUCAGAGCAGUAUAUAUUCUGUCUAAACUUAUUGAAUGUUUUCAGUUAUAAAUCAGGCAUCAUCAACCUUUAUUUUUGCAUUAUAGGAGUUGUGACUAUAAAGUAGGGAGAAUUUAUUUUAUUUAUUUAUUCUUUGAGAUGGAGUUUUGCUGUUGCUGCUCAGGCUGGAGUGCAAUGGUGCAGUCUUGGCUCACUGCAACCUUCACCUCCUGGGUUCAAGUGGUUCUCCUGUCUCAGCCUCCUGAGUAGCUGGGAUUACAGGCAUGCGCCACCACACCUGGCUAAUUUUUUUUUGUAGUUUUAGUAGAGACGAGAUUUCUCCAUGUUGGCCAGGCUGGUCUUAAACUCCUGACCUCAGGUAAUCCGCCUGCCUCAGCCUUCCAAAGUGCUAGGAUUACAGGCAUCAGCCACCAUGCCCAGCUGAAUUAUUUUUGUGGGUAAACUCAUUCUCUUUACCUAAUAGUCAUAAUUUAGUCAGUGAAGGGACAACAUCUGGGGUAAGAGGUAUGGAGGAAAUGCUCAGCUUUGUGAAUUUUGUGCCAGGCAUCUUUGCUGAAAAUGGAAAUGGCAGCAAGUGUGAAUCUGGGGGAAUAUAAGGGAUGAUGAAAAAGCCUUAAGAGUAGGUGAGGAAGAAGGGUCAGACUCCUACCAGAAGAGUCCUUGUGGAGGCAGGCAGAUCAGAGCUCGGGGUUUGAAAGUGGGCCUAAGUAAGGGUCCUGCUAGAGAAACUGCAGAUAGAAGCUGAGCAGUUACCAACUGCUAAUGUGCCAAGUAUACCUAGCACAGCGUGUGUUUUGUAGAGGAGCAUUAUUUUAAACAAUGUUAUGUCAUCUACCAAAAUAAUUGUGGUAAAAGUGUAGUAUUUUAUUUUUUCCUUUUAUGUCAGCAAUAUUUUAAAAUACUGAUCUGUUUAUCUUAUAUUUUUAUGGAUAAAUGUGAUAUUUGCCUCAUAAUUGUAAGCCACUGAGAGUGCACUGAACCUAUUCACACGUCUUUAAGAUGUUUUGCUGUGUUAAAAUUUUAGGAGAGAAAAAUGCAAGUGAAUAAUAAUUUAAUAGGCGUUUAUUUAUUUUGGAGUUGAAUUCUAUAAUUGGAAAAAGUUCAGUAAUGUAAUAAAUACAAAGUGAUCUGUACUGUCUUUUGGUCUAUAUGUUCUUUAUUAACUGAGUAGCUGAAUAUUAAGUAAUAUUAUUUAGUCAGUAAUUUGGUAGACGUUAGCUAAAAAGAGCGGGAGCAAUUGGAAUGGGAUGAAAAGAAUGAUUUAUUCAUUGCAGCCCCCCCAAAAUCUUGUCUAAUUGGUUAAAAGUAAAAGUAGUGCUAUUUCUCUUUCUGUAUGAUGGUCAGAGAGAACUUUUUGGGCUUCAGACAAAUUAUAGCAUUGAUUGAUUCUCAUGAUGCCUGUCCCUAUCAUCUGCUUUCACCUUAGGCUGACCAGAGCAUUUAAAGCAGAGCAUUGUUUCCAUCAUGCGCUUCCUUUAUAGAUGUCUGAAGAUGCCAGAAACACAGUAAAUCUACUAGAAACUUAGUGACCAAAGAAUCUGAGUGUGCUGGCCAUCUCUGCAUCGUGUAUCCUAAGACACAAAGCCAGAUCAGAAAUGGAGUUUAGAUCCUACUGAUUUGUGUCUCUUGUUGGCUACAAUGUAUAUUAAG